AUGCGGGCCAAACGCAGCAAAAAGUAUCGGAAGAUCAUGUCUUCUUACCAGAUGACCUUCUCCUUUCACGAACCAUAUCAAGUCCUGCUCGACUCGCAUUUUCUGAAGGCUUGCCAUCAUUUCCACAUGCCGCUAAAAAAGUACCUGGACAAUACACUUCACGGAGAGUGCCGACUGUUUGUGACGAAAUGCACCCUGGCGAAAAUCAUGGGGGACUGGGAGAAGCAGAAACCGGGGGAGAAGGGAAAAGAAGGAGGCAAAACACUGAGAUGGCCAGGACGACCAGACUUCCUCCCUCCGCCCACAGAAAUCCCAUUGCGGUAUUGCAAGCAUAAAAACGACGAGGGCGAGGAGUUGGGAAUUGUCAGCGAAGGACGGUGUCUGCUGGACCUGCUGGCGGGCCAGACACACGGAAAUGAGCAAGCAAAGAAUAAGCAACAUUACAUCCUGGCCACGGCCGAUGCGGAUGAGAGGGAGGCAAAAUCCAAGGGAUUCUUGGACGUGCGAGAACGCGCAAGGUUGAUACCCGGUGUUCCGAUUGUGUAUGUCAAGCGAAGCGUCAUGAUUCUCGAGGAACUGAGUGGGGCGAGUGAAAAUGUCAGGCGGAAGGGCGAGAAAGAGAAACUCGCUCAGGGACUCUUGGGCGUAGGAGACAGGAAGAGGAAGAGGGGUGACGGCGAGGAGAAUGAGGACGAGUUGGACUUGGAAGGACAGACCAGUGGACCCGGCAUUCGAGGGUUGAAGAAACCCAAAGGCCCCAAUCCUUUGAGUGUCAAGAAGAAGAAGGUGAAGAACUCUGCUCAAACGGAGGAGGGUCACGCAGGUGCGGUAGCAUCAGGGCAAGAAUCACAGCUAAAGCGGAAACGACGGAGGAAACAUGUCGCGAAGACGGCAAAUGACAUGGGAGAUUCCGUUGGGCAGGAUAGCGCAGCGCCCACGACCGCCUCGGAAGCAGUGGGAUAG